AUGUCGGACCCUGAAGCGGAUACCUUGCGAAGCACUUUUCCCUCCUACAUGGCGGAGGGCGAGCGGCUGUAUCUCUGCGGGGAGUUCUCCAAGGCCGCCCAGAGCUUCAGCAACGCUCUUCACCUUCAGAAUGGGGACAAGAACUGUCUGGUGGCCCGCUCCAAGUGCUUUCUGAAGCUGGGUGACUUGGAGAAAUCCCUGAAAGAUGCUGAGGCUUCACUCCAGAAUGACCCGACCUUCUGCAAGGGGAUUCUACAAAAGGCCGAGACGCUGUACACCAUGGGAGACUUUGAGUUCGCCUUGGUGUUUUACCAUCGAGGGUAUAAGCUGCGGCCUGACCGAGAAUUCAAAGUCGGGAUCCAGAAGGCCCAGGAAGCAAUCAACAACUCAGUGGGAAGUCCAUCUUCCAUUAAGCUGGAGAACAAAGGGGACCUCUCCUUCCUAAGCAAGCAGGCAGAGAGUCUGAAAACGCAGCAGAAGCCUCACCCGAUGAAACAGCUCUUACACACCACCAAGAGGGAGACCAAGCGGAGGGGUUCGUUCAAGAGCGAGAAGACGAUCCGCCAGCUCCUGGGAGAGCUCUAUGUGGACAAGGAGUACCUGGAGAAGCUCUUGUUGGAUGAAGACCUGAUCAGAGGCACCAUCAAAAACGGCCUGACGGUGGAGGACCUCAUCAUCACAGGCAUCAACUACUUGGACACACGCAGUAACUUCUGGAGGCAGCAGAAGCCUAUCUACGCCAGGGAGCGGGACCGAAAGUUGAUGCAGGAAAAGUGGCUGCGGGACCGCAAGCGCAGGCCCUCCCAGACGGCACACUACAUCCUCAAGAGCCUGGAGGACAUAGACAUGCUGUUGACCAGCGGCAGUGCUGAAGGGAGCCUGCAGAAAGCCGAGAAAGUGCUGAAGAAGGUACUGGAGUGGGACAAAGAGGAGGUGCCCAACAAGGACGAGCUGGUUGGCAACUUGUACAGCUGCAUCGGCAAUGCCCAGAUUGAAUUGGGCCAGAUGGUGGCGGCCCUGCAUAGCCACAGAAAAGAUCUGGAGAUCGCCAAGGAGCACGACCUUCCCGAUGCAAAAUCCAGAGCCCUCGACAACAUUGGCAGGGUUUUUGCCAGAGUUGGGAAGUUCCAGCAAGCCAUCGACACGUGGGAGGAGAAGAUCCCGCUGGCCAAAACCACCUUGGAGAAAACCUGGCUGUUCCACGAGAUUGGCCGCUGCUACUUGGAACUGGACCAACCAUGGCAGGCCCAGAACUACGGCGAGAAGUCCCAGCAGUGUGCUGAGGAGGAGGGCGACAUGGAGUGGCAGCUCAACGCGAGUGUUCUGGUGGCGCAGGCACAAGUGAAGUUGAGAGACUUCGAGUCAGCCGUGAACAACUUCGAGAAGGCCCUGGAGCGGGCGAAGCUGGUGCACAACACCGAAGCACAGCAGGCCAUCAUCAGUGCCUUGGAUGAUGCCAACAAGGGCAUCAUUGAGGAACUGAAGAAAACCAACUACAGAGAGACUCUCAAGGAAAAGCGAGAAGAGAUUGUGGCAGUACCCCCAGAAGAGAAAGCGUCCAAGGCCAAGGGGCGGGAGCUGAAGAGAGGGCGCGAAGACCUGGAGAAGGUGGUGAAGCGGUGGGAGAGAGAACUGAUAGAGAGCGAGAGGGAGAUGGAGGAAGAAGAGGAGGAGGAUCUCCCGGAGGCGCCAUCCAGCGUGACCCAGUGGGAGAGCCAGGAGGCGGACCAAGGCCUCAAGGCGGUGGGCGAGGCCCCCCGAGUGGACCUGGGCCGCAGGGAGUCCCGAGAGAUCUACCGGCGGCCCUCCGGCGAGCUGGAGCAGGUGCUCCUGGAAGAACUCGGCAGAAAGGAGUCGGGAAGUCUGGAGGAGCCGGGGCCCACAGAAUCGGGAGAAACGGGAGAAACGGGAGACGCGAAAACCACAGCAGACAGCGGGGAGGUGGAUCAGGCGUGAGGGGGACCCUGCCGCCGCGAUGGGUGACAGUCUCCCGUGGGUCAACUACCCUUCUCCCUCUCUCUCUG